AAAAAGUAUUGAACCACUCUGGGGGCGUCUCGGUUCGAGUUUCACUGGGCGUCUGAUAAUCAUUUGGUCCCGGAACGAAAAUCGUUCAGUCAACUGGUGACUCUCGUCUGAUUUUGAUUAAAAUGAGAAUAAUAACGGUGUUCGGUUUACUCUCCCUUGUUUGCCAGAGUCGUUCGGAGUCAUCUUUUCACUUCCUUAACGAGCUUGUGAUGCAGUGCAAAGAUAUUAGCAGUGUGUCGCCAAUGUUAAAUCUGAGAAGACAUCUCUUCUGCGAAUACGAUAAGACCAUUCGACCAACUUCUUCUCAUCAGGUCGCCAACAAUGUGACGAUGAAACUUUUACCCAAAAUAUUGGAGUUUGAUGAGUGGAACAGCAAGAUGACGUUACAUAGCUGGAUGACGCUCACGUGGAACGAUGCUCAUUUAACUUGGAACCCUAGUGAAUUUGGCGAUAUCAAGUAUAUUCACUUGAAGAGCCAGGAUAUUUGGGUGCCCGAUCUUUCUGUUUAUAAUUCUGGCGAUAUGACGUUAGACCAGACUGGUAUACCACCGACGACAUGUCUGGUCUUCAGUUCAGGAUCGGUCAGUUGCGUGCCAUCGAUAAAGCACGUUGCAAAAUGCGUGACGGACUUCUCUUCGUGGCCUUAUGACGUGCACCAAUGUCGAAUUAAAUUCGGUUCGUGGUCCCACGCGGGGGAGGAAAUAAAUAUUCAUUUAAACACGAAAGGGUAUCAAAUGGAGGGAUAUACGAAUAAUACCCAAUGGGAUUUCAAAGUGAAAAACGCGUACAAAUUAUCGAAAAAAUAUGAAUGCUGCCCGAACGAUACUUAUCCGAUGAUUGUUUAUGAGUUUGAAAUAACUCGGCAUCACGGUAUAAUGCACACGACAUACGUUAUACCUGCCAUAGCGAUGAUGCUGCUCACGUUAACAGUAUUUUGGUUGAACUCACGGUCCACGGAAAGAAUGGCUGUGAGCAGCGUGAAUUUGAUCUGUCAUAUGCUUUGCAUUUUCGAUUUACAUUGGCAAUUGCCUCAUAAUGGUACUCGUCCACCUAACAUACUACUCUACUACAGAGAUUCGUUAGCUUUAGCUCUAUUCGCUUUACUAUCAACCGUACUACUUCGCAAAUUAUAUGAGAUGAGCGGCGAUGUACCGUAUUGGAUAUCAACGGCCACGUCGUUCGUAUUAAACAACAAGGCUGGUCGUUUCCUUGUUCUCACCGACAACGAAAGAUUAUCUGACAGGAUAUUAACUGGGGAGAACGAGGAUAAUAAUGAUUUGCCUAAAUCUGAGAGUAGAUCUAAGGAUUCAGCGUGGAUACACUUGGCUGUCAUAAUCGAAUGGCUUUCGCUUUUCGCCGUGAUUCUCAGUUACAUUAUCAUACUAGCCACUCUUGUGCUAGCUUUCAACAUGAAGAUUUUCUUCUUCUGCAUCUUAUACGUGAUCUUCUUGUUAACCAAACAAGGAUUUUGCAUGUUCUACGCUUGUAAAGAUAUCUUAAGCAAUGCUCCGCUACAAGUGUUAAAAGACUACCUGUUCUGUACUUACGAUCCGGAACUUGGGCCUAUCGAGAAUCAAAAAAACGCCACUAAGGUUCAUCUUGGAUUAGAAAUACUGCAAUUCGAAGUCGACGAAUACUCGAGUACUGUUCAUUUCGAUGCUUGGGUAAGCAUGGUAUGGAAAGAUAACCACCUUACGUGGAAUGCAACGAAAUAUGAAAUCAGUAGUCUUCACGCAAUGAGUUACGAACUCUGGAUACCUGAUAUUGUGUUGCAUAGCGAAUCAAUCUGGGAGGUUGAUACGGAAAUGCCAGUGGUGCCUUGCGUGUUGGACAGUGACGGUACGAUAUUCUACGUACCAUCGGUAACAUACACGACGUUUUGCGAUUCUGAUCAUACCUGGUGGCCUUACAAUGUAAUGGAUUGCUACAUACGCUUAGCUUCUUGGUCUCACCAUAUCAAUGAGAUCGAUAUUCAAGCAGAACCGUACAAUUUCGACGAUUUCAGAGGGGAACCAAAUGCAGAGUGGGAACCGAUAGAAAUGUCCUUAAAUGUUAGUGUAAUGGGUUCUAAGUUCGAUAUUUUUGAAGAUUUCACUAGUCAAUUAUUCUCCUACCGCGUUCUUUUAAAAAGAUCUUCUACCAUGUACAGCGUAUCGUACGUGACUAUGGCCAUAGUGCUAAUGACAAUGACGGUGAUCGUACUGUGGCUAGAGCCAAUGACCAAGGAACGCAUGAUAACAGCGAAUUUUAAUUUUGUUCUACAUCUGCUUUGUAUAUUGGACUUGCAUUGGAAGAUUCCUUUUAAUGGAUCUGAAACACCAAAGUUAAUUGUGUUUUACGAGAAGUCUCUUAUCCUAGCUGUUUUCUCUCUUAUAUUAACUGUCGUUCUACGAUAUUUACAAGAAUUGACCAUCGACGCACCUAAGUGGAUAUCUUCGUCGACGAUUACGAUUUUUAAAAGCAGAGUAGGUCAAGUAUUUUUAGUGAGUAUUUUAGAUCCGAGAGUAUCGGCCAGAAUCGAAUUGAACGCGGACGACAAUACAAAUCUGGUAUCACUCGAGAAAAGGGAAUCUACUUGGCAGUACACCUCUAUCUUGAUCGGAUGGUUUGCUUUCUUAAUUGUCUUAUUUACUUACGUUAUCAUGCUGAUUCUUUAUUUACCGACAAGCACAUCUGGUCAUCGUUUUACAUUGAAAAUCUAAUUCAUAGACGUACUCUUUUUAAAAAUUGUAAUACGAAUUAUAAGUGUAAAAAGAUAUAAAAUAUCAAUGUACAAAUA